GAGAUGGAGGCGCCUCUAAACUUUGUCAACAAAAGCAAACGCUUGAGGUUUAUGUCAAACAAAGCCAUAAUUUUAACCAACCUCUGGCUGCGCCUCGCUCAAUGAAUGACUUCCAGGGCCUCUGACUCUUUGGGACUAGAGGAGAAAAUUAUUUUUAGCACAACUAUUUGGAAACCUCUGAGAACUUGGAUCUGUUUUUCUACGUGGUACCAACGCAAGUUUCUCUCUGAGCUCUCAUGAAAGACUCUCGGUCUCCUGUGGAUUUAGAAUCCUGGAGCAGCCCAUUAUCCCAGAGCAAGAGCCCAAGAUGUUUGUCUUGCUCUAUGUUACAAGUUUUGCCAUUUGUGCCAGUGGACAACCUCGGGGUAAUCAGUUCAAAGGAGAGAACUACUCCCCAAAAUACAUCUGUAGUAUCCCUGGCUUACCAGGACCUCCAGGCCCCCCGGGAGCAAAUGGUUCUCCUGGACCCCACGGUCGGAUCGGCCUUCCAGGAAGAGAUGGAAGAGAUGGCAGAAAAGGAGAAAAAGGGGAAAAGGGGGCUGCAGGUUUAAGAGGCAAGACUGGACCUCUGGGCCUUGCUGGAGAGAAAGGAGACCAAGGAGAGACUGGGAAGAAAGGACCCAUGGGCCCAGAGGGAGAGAAAGGAGAAGUAGGUCCAGCUGGACCUCCUGGACCAAAGGGAGACAGAGGAGAACAAGGGGACCCAGGGCUGCCUGGAGUUUGUAGAUGUGGAAGCAUCGUGCUCAAAUCUGCCUUUUCUGUUGGCAUCACAACAAGCUACCCAGAAGAAAGGCUACCAAUUAUAUUUAACAAAGUCCUCUUCAAUGAGGGAGAGCACUACAACCCUGCAACAGGCAAGUUCAUCUGUGCUUUCCCAGGGAUCUAUUACUUUUCUUAUGAUAUCACAUUGGCUAAUAAGCAUCUGGCAAUUGGGCUGGUCCACAAUGGGCAGUACCGGAUAAAGACCUUUGAUGCCAACACAGGGAACCAUGAUGUGGCUUCGGGAUCCACAGUCAUCUAUCUACAGCCAGAAGAUGAAGUCUGGCUGGAGAUCUUCUUCACUGACCAGAACGGCCUCUUCUCAGACCCGGGCUGGGCAGACAGCUUGUUCUCCGGAUUUCUACUGUACGUUGACACAGAUUAUCUAGAUUCCAUAUCAGAAGACGACGAGCUGUGAUCAGGACAGCCGACCAGAACAUUCCAAAAUCCCUGGGGGACAUGCUUUGACUCAGUCUGGGGCCCCGGAAGGUGGCGAAAAACAGAAGUGAAAAUCCAAAGAGACUCCCACUCAGAUUGCAGAGUAUUUAACAGCCAGUUCUAGCAAAGCCUAUUAAAAUGAGAUGAACCAGCAAACUGUUGAAACCAAACCAAAAUGAAUUCUAUAAAACAAUAACCCCAGAUAUGAAUUCUCUUGAAAACAGUGUUUAUAAAUAUUUAAACAAAUUCAAGACAAUGUUAAUAAAAUUUUUAUUAAAUUCCCUGAGUGACAAAACCACCUGGAAAUGAUA